AAUAUCCGUUUAAAACGGAUACGGAUUUUUUCUUUUUAAACGAAUACGGAUGCGGACGGUAAUCGGAUUUUCGACUAUCCAUUUACAGGCUUAACUGGUCUUCCCCAAGAUUGACAAUUGUCUCCUCGAGCAUUUGAAGGAAGGUGUUCAGAUUCUUGAGCCUAAGUGGUAUCUUCCGGUUAUCCCCUUAGUUCUCAACAAAGACCAAACCUGAUAAGGCAAUAAAGGCAUCUGAAUGUCUAGCCAUCUCUGCCUUUCUUUGAUGCAUAUCUCCAAGUCUUCACUUCCCCAACUGUUUCACCAAUCAACUGUGAAAGCAACCAGCCCAAAACCGCUUGAUCUUGUGAGCAGGAAAUGGAGCAAACCGCUGGUUAGAGGAGUUCCUCCAGCAGCCAGGUUUGAUCAUGCUGCUACUGUUCAUACGGCUCGUCGCGAGCUUCUGAUAUUUGGUGGUAUUAAAUAUCUAGAGUUUGUUAAUGAUCUCCAUGUUUUAAAUAUUGACACAUGGGAAUGGUUGAGACCCAAGCAGCAUGGGGAUAUACCAGGACCACGCCGUGGUCAUGCAGGUGCAACAAUUGGAGAUAGCUGGUUUAUUUUCGGUGGUUACAAUGGAACCACUGCCGAUGAUCUUAUCGUCCUCAUCAUGUCAAAUUAUGUAUGGUCAGUGUUACCGACUACAGGGGAAUGCAUGUCUGCUACCACGAUGGGAUCGAGUUUGGUAGCGAGCAACUAUGAAGGUCAGACAGUGCUGAUAUCUUUUGGUGGAUUUAGUAAUUGCCUUGCGAAUAAGGUGCAUAUCCUUAAACCAAGCCAUAAGUCACCCUUGAUGACACCGAUUCCCAACCGUACGUAUGGUGUGCAUAGUGCUCCCAAUGAUACAUUUGAUCCCAGGGGAACUGGGAAAACCGAAUCAACCGAUGCUUCUGCUGCCGAAGAUCACCUCUAUGAGCUUCAAUAUUUACGUGAUCAGCUGAGAGUUGAGGAGUUGAAAUAUCAAAAACUUAAGGAAUGUAUAGGACAUCUGAAUCUGAAGCUCUUUGCAUGUGGACAUGGAGAUAAAAUAAAUCUUUCAAGUGGAAGCUAACAUUUCAAUAUGAUAAGACUUUUUGCACAAUAGCACAUCUUUUAUUUGAUAUAUUGAAAUACUUAAUAUACUAAAUAUCCAUUUCUUUCUCUCCCAACACCACAUAUAAGUCCCAAUUGCUUUGUAGAGCUUUUGUGCACAAUCACAGUGUUUGAAAUGAUGAGUGGUUGUUUCAUCUUCUCUGUUACAUAAAUUACAAGAAAAAUG